AUGGAGGGUCUAUUUUUCAAUGUUCAGAAUGGCUAUAUUGAAGGUAUCGUCAGAGGUUAUCGCAAUGGACUCUUGACAGGCCAGAAUUAUAAUAACUUGAUUCAAUGCGAGACCAUAGAUGAUCUCAAGCUUCAACUUGGACCAGCAUACGGCGAUUUCCUAGCAUCACUUCCUCCUAAUCCUUCAACAUCUACCCUCGCCGCGAAAACAACCGACAAACUCAUUUCCGAAUUUCGAUACCUACGAGCAAAUGCAGUUGGAUCGCUCGCGAAGUUCAUGGACUACCUGACGUAUGGAUAUAUGAUCGACAAUGUAGCCCUUUUGAUUACUGGCACUCUGCACGAAAGAGACACCCGGGAAUUACUUGAACGAUGCCACCCUCUUGGUUGGUUCGAAACUAUGCCCGUUCUUUGUGUGGCUACAAACAUAGAAGAGCUAUACAACAGUGUUCUGAUUGAAACACCAUUAGCGCCAUACUUUAAGGGAAGUUUGAGCCACCAAGACUUGGACGAACUCAACAUUGAGAUUGUCCGGAAUACCUUGUAUAAAAACUACCUAGAGGAUUUCUACAACUUCGUCAAUACCGAUCCAGAAAUGGCCAGCACUCCGACAGCCGAAGUCAUGUCUGAGAUACUUGAAUUUGAAGCUGAUAGAAGAGCUAUCAACAUUACACUAAACUCCUUUGGUACAGAGCUUUCAAAGAAGGAUCGCCAAAAGCUAUACCCCAAUUUUGGUCGUCUAUCUCCAGCAGGAACAAUCUUACUUUCAAGAGCAGAAGAUAUUGAAGGUGUUAGACUUGCAGUUGAGGGAGUUAGCGAUUACAAGGGUUACUUUGAUGCCACCGGAUUGGGACAAAGCAGCACUGGAGCGGGUAACAUGAGCGGAGGAGCUGGUGGUAAUGAGAAAAGUUUGGAAGAUAUGUUCUACCAAAAGGAAAUGGAAAUCUCCAAGGGAGCAUUUACGAGACAAUUCACAUUUGCAAUUGUCUAUGCAUGGGUCAAGUUGCGGGAACAGGAAAUACGGAACAUCACCUGGAUCGCUGAGUGCAUAGCACAAAAUCAGAAAGAACGAAUCGGCAACUAUAUCAGUGUAUUCUAG